UAGCACUGAAAAGUCACGCAGACAUUCGCGGUUAUUCCCUGGCCAUUGUCAUGUCGUUCUACUAGCCCGAGCGACACUCGCUAGUAACUUUCAACUCGCUCGAGUGAUCCUACGUUGGGUUUGUUUCGAAGCCCUCGUUUCCCUCGUGCGAGGCACUCGGGACCACAUGGCGGCACGGAAGCCUACUCACGCUUACGUUCAGUACAAAGAUGGAGACUCGGCGAUCGUCUCUGUCGGUCUCAUCAAGCACUACAGUCCGGACGACGUGACCGACCUGGCAAGCAACAAGCUCGUGUGCUGGAGGAAGAAUAGGAAGGGAUAUUUAUCCGAAAGCUACUUCCGCGGAGACAUCUUGACGUUGGGAUGUGGCAUAGACGACCUAGUCGCUCGUAUACGAAAGCAAGGAGGGACUGUGCCAGAGCAAGUGUUUGAAGAAAGCUACCAAGGCACUCGUCUCAAGAAGUCAACGCUCCAGGAAACAAAACAAGUACGCCACCACUCGAAAGUGCUGAAGAAAUAUGGAAAAGGCAAGAUAUUAGGGAAAAGGCGCAGGGAGGAUUCGGACUCUGAGACUGAUGAAGAAGAUGAACUAGUGCCUCGCAGGCGGCUCCAGGAAGCAGAGGACGAGAUUGCCGAGCUUGAAGGAAGACUGCGAGUUUCGAGGGAGAGGCUACACGAAGAGCGGCAGCGUAACAUCAAACUACAAAACCUUCUUGAACAUAAGAUCGAUUCUAUGGAGGCCUCGAUCAUUGCAUCAGUAAAGUUGGAACUGCGUGGUACACGGCCUGCUUCACAGAAUUGGCAACAGGAGUCCCCUGCAGUGAGGAAGAAACUAUAUCAGCUGUUUGCCCGGAAUAAGGAUUGGGGCCCCGUGGUCCCUAGAAAGGGGAUGCCAGUGGCAGCCGAUCCUCCACCAAGUCAGCCUAGUCGUGUCCUUCCAUCAUCUCUGGAAGAGCAGGCAUCCAGCCAGGAAGCUGUUGCUGCGUCUUCGUCAUCUUCCAGCACAAAUAAUAAACUCUUCCGGCAUGGCACUGGCCUUGGGCACUCCGUCUGCUCCAUGGAAGGCACCUUGGACAAUGAUAAGACAUAUGUUGUUCAUUGGAACUCGGAGCAAGGAUGUAGCAUAGCUUGUAUCACCAGUACAAGCACAAGUGGACUGCAGUGUGUGUGUCCGUGUAGUACAUGUACACCGCGUAAGGGGAUCAUUGAGUGUAAUUAUAGACAGAAGGCAUAUGAUGAACUGCGCCUGACUUGCAACACUGCCAUUGCAUCCGGUGAAUUGCAGGGGUCUCAAAAGGCUGAUGGCAAGGCCUCUUUGGGUCACACAGCAUCCCGUCUGUUAUCCCGAGGCAUCGAAGGUCAUGGCACUGUAGUGACUAUUGUUUGCGGUAACUUUGAUCCUGCUGCGUGCGCCCUGAUGGAAGAAUUCCGCUCAUGGCUUUGCAGACUGUCUUGGGGCAUGGAGCACAACAAGUUGACAGUGGAACCUUCCUGUGUCUUGUGCUGCUUGCCUUGCUGCAUAUCCCUCGUCAGCAUGUUCUGGUUCCUAUGUGUAUUCUCCGACUUGAUGAAACUUACUGGGCUCACAGGUUGGGUUCGUGACUUGUGUGUUGAUGGGGACGUUGAAAACAACCCCGGGCCUGUGACCUGCCCGAGGACAUAUGAAGAAGUGUCUGGACUUCCCUUCAUCGAUUGGGUUCGAGAUAAAGGAGGGCAGGGCACAAACAUGCUUUCUGGUGCUUUGGCAGAUGUUGGCGCUUGGGCAGAUGUCAGUCCAGCGACCAUGCUCCCCAACGGCUUUGUGUGCACAAAUGUAAAUACUGCCACCAUCAUGCAUUGUUCGCACCUUAAUCCAGAUGGCCGAAUGAAAUCUUUCAGGGAUGGCAGUUGGACGACAGUUUUAUACCCCACAAGUGUCCGCAGCACCUUACAACAACUCUGUUUUGGCGACAUCAUGCGUGAAGACAGCUGUGGAAAGCACGUUGACUCUGCAGCUUCCCAAAAACUCUGCUCUCUAGUUGACAGCCUUUCUCCCAAAGCUCAAGAGGGUCCAUUCCCACCUGCUCAGUUCAGCCCAGGUAAAGCACAACCCAAUGAAAGCCCAUCUUUCUUUGCCGAAGGCUCUACACAGGAAAACACCCAGACGCAACCCCCGAUAGUAGUAGAAGGUGCAAGCAGUGCAGCCCAUCAAAGACGGCCAGCAACCAUCCCCGAGGUAGUUGUGGCCGCAGUUGGGCGCUCCGGUGAAGUGCUCAGUUCAUCCACAGCAAUGGGGCAAGGUGUGGCUUUUCCUUUGUUCGAUGUAGGUCACUACCCAUUUCUUCAUAGGCCGGGCACUGUAGCCAUUGUCAUAGGCAAGGGAGUGCCUGAACAUGGCGCUCAAAGUGGUUUGACUUAUGCCUGUCGCAUCCCCAUCACGGUAACUCAGAAAGGUACAGGAGACACAGCAGUGGUCCGUUUGGGUGGUGAUAUCGUACCAGAAUGUGAUGCAGUGGCACUUCGAGCCUUGUAUACCAAGACAAGUCCCACACAGAUGUUGCAUGACGAUUCCAGAGUGUCACUUGUCGGCGAGUGGUUUCCACAGGAGGGUAACGGCACACAUUCGAUAUCAUGCAUUCGGCGCUGGGGCCCCCCCUGCUUUGUCUACAGUGCCUGUAUGGCUGCCCACGAAGGCACUGCCCUUACUUGCACUCAGUUGGCAAAGGAACAAUGGCGUCACUACAUGGAGAGCACGGUAAGUGCCCUUGUACUUGAGUUUGACAAGCUGUCUUUUCACCCUCCUCCCUCUCCUACGACAUGUGAGGCGAGUGCCUUCAAGCUAGGACUCAUGCUGGCAUGGGCCGAAUAUGGCAUACCAGAUGCAGCGUGUUGCUACAACAUCCUCACUGGCCAAUCACAAGUUCAUGAGCCUGAUGUGUUCAUCAAGAAAUAUACAACUAUUACGCGCCUGUUCAACAGCUCUGGUGUGCCUGACGAGGAUUGUGGGGGCCUGAUUCGGCCAGCCUUCCCAUUCUUCCGUGGAUGGCAGCGUGGGCAGAUAAGAUUCUUUGCCAGUGUGCAGUGUGUCCCCAGGGGUGAGCCCUACCUCAUCAUGCCGCCAUGCUUUGAAGUGGCAAGCAGCUUUGCCGAGGCGGCAGUCUACCUGAUGAGCCUGCUUCCCUGGCCAUGGGGCAACAUGAGCAUUGUGUUGGAAACUGGGGUGGAUGGUGAUCCCACUCCACGCAAGCAAAUGUAUACGUGGUACGGUGCCACCACCGUUGUGCCUGGAGAACUGUGUUUAAAUGUUGUCCUUCACCAGUACCCCAUGUGCUCGUUAUUUGGUGAGGAUGCUGAGCCUCCAGUAUUUGCACUGUAUCCAACCAUGGGCCCUUCUGCUGUGGAAUUCUGGCCUCCAUUUUCCGAGAUUCCUGUCAACUUCAAGCCAGGCCAGAAUCACUUCGUGCCAGCUUCUGCCUUCGCAGCAUCCUGGGCACUUGGGUAUCAUUGGGGGGACAUCAAGUGUGUGCUUGCCAAGAUCCAAGCCUGUGGUCUCUUCGACAAUGUGGGCCGUUGGGUGCUUGAGGCCCCCCUGUUUGCCAUGAGUCAUGCAGGGAUCAUGGCGACCCAAAAAGUGCAAACGGUCACGCCUUCUGCAGACAAAGGUUUCGUAAAACCUUCGCCCCCAAUCGUCCCAUCCAAUAUUGAUGAUGACGAUGUUCCUCUACUGUACCGAUGUUGGGCUGCUCCUGGCAACCGAAUGAGUCACAUUCCAAAAGAUGCUGUGUGGGCAGAUAUUUCCUUGCCUCCUGACGGACUUAUCACACUGCCCAACAUCACCACCCUGAGUGCAGUGAACUCUAAAGUCUGGCGCUUUGACGAGCCAUUCGCUGGGACGACCAUCGACGUGGACCACCCGCUGAUCUCUGCAAUACUGUUUGUCGCCAGCGAGCGACUUUUUGUCGGCUGGCACAUUUUGCACUCUGCUAUGGGUGUUGCCACAGACAGUAUGCAACUUGGGAGCUCAGGCGAGGGGCCAGGACGUGGAGAAACCAUACACUUUAAAGGACUGUUUGGGGACGGGUCGGGGCGAAUCCCACGUUUGGGCGACUUGGUUCAGGAUGUCAUCGCCAAGGCAGUAAACGGCCCUGUUCUCACCACUGUCGGCGGUGUGCCUUUUCCUUUUAGACUCUUUCCACAACGCAACUGGGAACCACAAGUUAUGGACUUUACCAGUGCCGUCCGCAUUUCCAAGGCAUGCCCAACACCGAUGACUGACAAUGUGGUAUUCAAGUAUUCAACUAGCUUGCCAAAGGAGUUCCUUCCCUUCCUAUGUCACCCCGUUUAUGGCAACAAGGACAUCUAUGACGAGGAGGAGCCGCAUGGAGUGCCUCCAGCCUUCUACUUUGGGCCAUUAAUCUACGCAGGUGGACUUGAGUGCACCAGGGUUCGAGAGAAUGAAAUACCCAAUGUGUCACCCCACAGUCUGUGGCUGAACAGGCUGAUGCACAGCCAGUCACUGUAUGAGCUGCGGGACUAUGUUACAGGAAACCGUAUUGCAGGCGCUCCCGCCCCGGGCGAGGCGCCGAUUGGGUUUCCCCGUGGCCAUGAUGAAUGGGCGGACAGGCCUUCUGACCUUGGCAUGAAGACUACGCCAUAUCCGUUUUUCUCAACGGUCUGGAGCGGCUGGAUGGACUCCGGCACACGUCACGUGUUGGCACUUCUGCAAAGAUUCACACCCAUAGUCCGUGCCUCGGGGUCGAAAUAUGUUUUUAAGGGAGCUCCAUAAUGACAUUGUGGACCUUUCAGCAACUGCAGGGUGCUGUCUCACGCUAGUGCCAUGUGCAUUCAGGUAAAAAGUAGCAGAGAAUGCUAAAAAAAUUGCAUGGUUUGUGCGAUUGUAAGCUUAAUAGCUAGAUAAUUUUGGUGUUGGCAGGUUCAGGAGAGUUCAAUAUAAAUGGUAUAUUUUGUUAUUUUUGAAAGGUGUUGCUGGCCUUCUUUGAGGUGUUCUGUUCAGGCACUAAGUAGCAUGGCUGGUUACUCUGUACAAAACAAACAACUGCAAGCGAGUAGUUAUGGUGAGUUUUUGAUGAGCAACCUUCCAAGGUAUGGAAGGGAUGUAGCACACAUUUGUUGCAAGUUAUCCCUGCACAGUGACCAAAGAAACAGUUGCUAGUUGCUAUAAGAUGCCUAUGUUCAUUAUUCCUUGUGUUUCUUGUGAUAUAUCACUACCACAUUAUGUUCCUGUUCCUCCCAAGUUCUCCCAACUGUUUCCCCCAAGUUAUGUUCCGGCUUUUCCUCGUUUCGGGAAUAAAAUGUUUUCAGACAAAAGAA